AUGGACCGGGGCGCCGGCGCUGGUGGCCGCUGGGGAGUCGAGGCGAAGCAAGAAUCUGAGGCAGCAGCAGCAGCAGCAGCAGCAGCAGCAGCAGCAGAAGUAUCCGUAGCAGCGGGAGCGGCAUCAAGGCCCUCAAGCACCAAGCGAAGAGACACAGCAGCAGCAGCAGCUGCUGCUGCUGCAUCUGUUGCGGUGGCAGCAGCAGAUAUGUCUCCGCGUGCUGCUGUGAGGACCACCCCAAGGCGCCGUCGUCCCCUCCGCAGCAGCAGCAGUGCAGCAGCAGCAGCAGCAACAGCAGCACCUGCUGCAGCACCAGCCGAACCUAGGGAAUCCUUAGCAGCCAAAGCUUCCCGCCACAGCGCCGUCGGUUCAGCAGCAGCAGGAGCAGCAGCAACAGCAGGAGCAGCGUCACUGGCGCAUCAACACUGCAGCAGGGCAGCACGAACAAGACAGCAGCAUCAACAGCAGCAGCAGCAGCAGCAGCAGCAGCAGCAGGAACAGAACGGCUUCGACCCCACAGAGGUGGUGUACUGUGCGCUGCUUUCAGGGGCAGAGGAUCCUGCUGCUUCUCCUCUUUCGGGUGUAGAGGCAGCAAAGCAGCAGCAGCAGCAACAGCAGUCUCCUGCUGCAGCAGAUGCAGCAGCUGCUGCUUCAGGCGCAGCAGCACCUGCUGCUGCUGUUGCUGCAUUGAGGAGACACGACUUUCCGCAGCAGCUGCCAGCGUCGUCUCCGGAGGGAGCAGCAAAAGCUUCUGCUGCUGCUACUGCUGCUGCUGCUGCUCCGCAUGGCUGCAGCAGCAGCAACAGCAGCAGCAGCAGCAGCAGAUGGGAGUUUAGGGCAGCUACUAUUCGCUGCCGCGCUACUGCAGCAGAAGGGACAGCAGCAGAAGGGACAGCAGCAGCAGCACCUGCAGCAGCAGAAGCAGCAGUUGCUGUAACAGCAGAAAGUAAUGGAGCCACUUCAGCAGGAAGGACGGCGGUAGCUCGCCCCUCUGCUGCUGCUGCUGCUGCUGCAGCAGCAGCAGGACGGAAGCGUCUUGCUGCUGCUGCCUCUCGUUCCAGUCGUACUAAAAGAACCCGAAGGCAACAGUUGUUGCAGCAGCAGCAAGCACAGGGCUCAGCUGCUGCUGCUGCUACUGCAGCAGCUGCAGUUCCUGCUGCUGCUGCUACGUUUGGUGUUGAGGCAGCAGCUGCUGCUGCUGCUGCAGAGGACAGCCAGACAGGAACCCCUACAGCAGGCUCAGCAACGGCGUCAGCAGCAGCAGCAACAGCAGCGGCAGCAGCGCCACCUGCUGCUGCUGACGAGCUGCACUUGGGAGAUAGUUCAGCAAAUCCCCUCAGCAGCAGCAGCAGCAGCAGCAGCAGCAGCAACGGCAACGGCGGGAGCAGCAGGAGUCGCCGUGCUGCGGCAGUUGCUGCUGCUGCUGCGCUGCAAUCCUGUAUUCGGAAGCAAAGAGUGGCACCCAACAAAAGCAGCAGCAGCAGCAGCAGCAGCUGUGAACAGAGCAGCAGCAACAGCAGCAGCAACAGCAGCAGCAGUUCGGCUGUGGGGACUGCUUCUCAUGUGAGCAGCGCGAGUAGCAGCAGCAGCAGUUCUGCUCUUGCAUGUUCACCUGCGUGCACAGCAGCAGCAACUGCUUCAGCGGCAGCAGCAGCAGCUGCUGCUGCUGUUGCUGCUUCUGCUGCUGCAGUGCCGCGCAGCGUUGCUGCCGUUGAUGCAGUAAGUUUGCUGCAGCGGCUGUGGGUGCGCCCCGUUCUGCUGUAUGCGGAGACUCUUAACCCUCUGCUGCUGCCAUCAAGAGACAGCUUUGCUGCUGCUUACUCUCUAGUGCAGCAGCUAGCCGAGACAGAGGAGACAGCAUUUCAGGUGUAUUGUCUCUUUCGGAUAUCUUUAGCAGAGUGGGCAGCAAAGCAGCUGCGCCUUAUCGUGCAGCAGCAGCAGCAACAGCAGCAGCAGCAGCACGGAGGGGGCAUCGCCACAAGGACUGCUGCUGCAGCAGCUGCUCCACCAACAGCAGCUGCAGCAGCAACAGCUUCUCCUGCAGGUACAGCGGCAUCAGCAACUGCAGCAGCAAACCGAUGCUGCUGCGGAGACUGCAAGUGGGCAGUCAAGGGAAGCAGCAAAAGCAGCAACAGCAGCAGCUGCUGCUGCUCCGAUGAGGCCGCUGCCCCUGCUGCUGCUGCUGCUGAGGCCCCGCGGCCCCGCUGUUUACGGUGUACAGGCAAGCAGCAGCAACAGCAGCAGCAGUGGGUACAGCAGCAGGCGUUGCUGCAUCAGCCAUUGCUGCAUGCGCAUGCGCACCGUUUGCAGCAGCAGCAACAGCAGCAGCAGCAGCAACAACAACAACACCAACAAGAGCAGCAGUCUGUGUAUGCGCAUCUCCACAAGAGAGCGGUUGAGGCCCUUGCUGCGGCAGUUGCUGGCUACAGGGAGCAGCUGCAGCAGCCGCAGCAGCAGCAGCAGCAGCAAGGCAUCGAUCCUGCUGCAUUUCGGAGACUGAUGCUGAUGCUUUGCUGCUUGGGGGAGCCUCAUGUUGCUGCUCUGGAGUCGACUCCAGCAGCAGCAGCAACCCCAGCAGCAGCAGCAACAGCAGCAGCAGCAGAAGGCGCAGUGUCUGAUAAGGGGGUGACACAGCAAACAGCAGACGGCAAGAACCCCAGCAGCAAAAGCAGCAGCAUCAGCAGCAGCAGCACCAACAGCAGCAGCACCAACACCAGCAGCACCAACAACAACAGCAGCAGCAGCAGCAGGACGGCACGGAUAAUACAGUGGCGGCUGCUGUCUUCAUCGCACAUGGGCGAUACCUCUGCUGGGACUGCUGCAGCACGGCAGCAGCAGCAAACUGCUGCUGCGCUGCUGCAGCAGCAGCAACAGCAUUCACCUGUGCUUCUGAUGCAGCAGGCAGCAGCACAAAGGUGGCACGGCCAAAUCAUGGGGGAGCAGCAGCAGGUUGUGGAGCUGCAGCAGCAGCAGCAGCAGCAACAGCAACAGCAGCAACACCACCAUCUGCAGCCGCCGCAACAGCUGCAGCAGCAGCAACAGAUGCAGCAGCAGCAACACCAACCAACGGGCAGAUUCUUUGACGACCUGCAGCACUUUAUGUUGACUGAAUCCGAGAGCUACUACUGCAGCAAAUCCAAAGAGUGGCUGCUUCGGGACCUUGCUGCUGCACCUCCUGAUGCGCAGCAGCAGCUGCUGCAGCUGCUGCAGUCUGGAGACAAGCAGCAGCAGCAGCAGCAACAGCAGCGAAUCGACUUCACCGCUGCAGCAGAAUGUGCUGCAGCAGCAGCAGCAGCAGCAGACCAACUGCAACAGGGAGGACAUCUCCAGAGGAAGUGCUGGUUACGUGCUUGCUGCGACUCUCCAGCAGCAGCCGAAGCAGCAGCAGCGCGAGCAGCAGCAUCUCCAGCAGCAGCAGCAGCAGACGAUGAUGAAGGGAUGGUGUCUGUAUCUGUUUACUGCAGCUGCGGCAGCAGCACAUCGUGUGCAGGCCCCUCCAUCUCGCAGCAGCAGCAGCAGCAGCAGCAGCAGCAGCACGUGAGGCAUCUGAAGCUGCGUGCUUCAGAGGCGCGUUUGCUGCGUCGUCUGCAGCAGCAGCAGCAGCAGGAAGGGGGCCUCAGCAGCAGCAGCUAUACGGAGCGGGUGCAUGCGCUGCUGCAGCGGGAGCAGCAGAUAUUUCAGAUUGCUGCUCUCUGGCCUCGACUGCAGCAAAGCCUGCUGCAGAAAGCGACAAAGGUAAUGAUUGUUGAGUGUCUGCAUUUUGUUAUGUGCGGGCCUGGGGGUCUGGCAGAUUUGCUGCAGCAGCUAGCAUUUAUAAGCGACUUGCAUGCGGCUCCCUACCUGCAGCAGCAGCAGCAGCAGCAGCAGUUGAUGCAGCAGCAACAAGAGCAGCAGCAGCAGCAACAGCAACAACACGGCGAGGAAACAGGCUGGGAUGCUGGGGGACAUGGAGUCUGGGAGUGCAGCAGCAGCAGCAACAAUGGCAGCAGCAGCAGCAGCAGCAGCAGCUUCCCCAGUGCAAGUACCUUGAACUUCCGGCCUUCAAGCAGCAGCAUCAACAGCAGCAGCCGUAACAGCAACAUCAACAGCAACACCAACAGCAGCACCAACAGCAGCAGCAGCAGCAGCAGCGAUGGUGGGGCGAUCGAUUUGUGUUUGCUGCUGAGGGAGAGGAGGCUGCUGCUGCACUCCGUGUGGCGUUUGCUGCGGCUGUAUAAACCAACGCAGCAGCGGCAGCAGAGACCAGGAGAUCUGGUGUCUGCUCUUGUUAGGGAGUCUGUCGUCGCCAGAGUGCUGCAGAUUACAGAGCCUCUCCGCACUUCUGCUGCUGCUGCUGCUGCAGGUGCAGGUCCUGCUGCAGGAGGGGCUGCAGGUGGUGCGGCAGCAGCAGGUUCACAUGAGGGACCCCUCGGGCAUACCGCUGCUGCUGCUGCAGCAGCAGCAACAGCAGCAGCUGCUGCUGCUGAGCAGCCGCAAACACCUGCUGCGGUCGACGCUCCUGAAAGUCCUGCUGCAGUAACUCGACGCGUCACUCGCAGCAGCCGCAGCAGCAGCAGCAACAGCAGCAACAGCAGCAGCACGAGCAGCAGCAAGGUGGAGCAGCAGCAGCGGGAGUUUCUGAAUGUUCGCGGCAAAGGGCGGAGCACUCUGCGUGUUUGCUGCUCAAAGAAGCAGCAGCAGCAGCAGCAGCAGCAGCAACAGCAGCAGCAGCAGCAGCAGCAGCAGCAGCAGGACUGGCUGCUGGGGCCUGAGGGGGUGGCUUGCAGGCGGCUGCUCGACUUCCACGAGGAAGUGGGGCGGCUGCUGGAGACAGUUUUUAAAGGAGACAGCCGCAUGCAAGAGACAGUGCGGAUGGCAGCUUGGGGAGCUAUUAGAGACGCCUUAAGCCAGGUGCCCUUCUUACCUGCUGCUCUCUGUCUCUACUGGGAUCGCAACAGCAGCGGGGCGUUUAAAAGCAGCAGCAAUCUGAGACUCCGGCAUGCGGGAGUGGAUCUGCAGGCGACUGUUCGAAUUGCUUCGAUGCCCCGCGACGUGGAGGCGAGUGCGCUGCUGUCUCGGGAGUUCCAGCAGCAGCAGCAGCAACAGCAGCAGCAGCUGCAGCAGCAGCAGAGGCAGCAGCAGCAAAAGCAGCAGCAGCAGCGCAAGCAGCAGCAGCAGCAGCAACUCAGCGAACAACACAAACAGCAAAAACACCAAAUGUGCAAUCGCCAUUUGAGGGAGAUCAUGCAGGCAAACGAGCAGCAGCAGCAACAGCAGCAGCAGCAGCAGCGCAGCAGGACUUCGCAGCGACUGCAGCAGCUGCAGCAGCAGCGUCAGCGUGCGCAGCAGCAACAGGAGCAACAGGAGUUGGAGCAGCAACAAGAGCAGGAACGGCAGGAGCAGCAGCAGCAGCAUCAGCAGGAGCAGGAUGAGGAGGAGGAUGCACAGCAGCAGCAGCAGCUGCAGCAGCAGCAGCAGCAGCAGGAGCUAGAAGAGGACGAGGAUCUGCAUGAGUUGCUGCGGCUGCCGCAGCAGCAGCAGCAAUUCAGCGCCCUCAUUCUUCGCUGGAAUUGCUGGUCUCUUGAAGAAAGAAGCCGCAGUGCUGCUGCAUGCAAGCUGCUGCGACUGCCGCAGCAGCUUGCUGCACCAAUGGAAGCCUUCUCUGCAUUUUACUGCAGCAAAUACUCCUGCAGAGUUCUUCAGUGGCAGCUGCACUGCAGCAGAGUCACCUUCCGCACCUCCCUGUACACUCCAGCUGCUGCUGCAGCAGCUGCAGCAGCAGCUGCUGCUGCUGCGGAUGCGGAGGGGGAAACCCAGCAGCAGCAGCAGAACAGACGCGCCAACUUCGGCAGCAGCAGCAGCUUCAGCAGACGCCAGAGCCCACGGCUGCAACCCGUACCUCUUCAUCCUUCCCGCAGCAGCAGCAACAGCAGCAGCAGCAGCAGCAGCAAGAAUGCCAUCAGCAAGCCCAACGGCAGCAACAGCAACUGCGAAAGCAGCAGCAGCAGCAACAGCAGCAGCAACAGAUGGCCCCUGUUCACUCUUCUGGAAACAGACCCGUUUGCUGCUUCUAUUCUGCUGCUUUUCAACGAUGAUGCAAGAGCAGCAAGGGGUGUGGGUAUGAAGGAGAUAAUUGCAGAGACCGAAGCCAAGCCUGCUGCUGUCGCUGCUGCGGCAGCAACGCUGCUGCUGCCUCAACCUCUGUUGCUGCUGUUACCCCCAGUGCAUAAGCAAGAGGAAGCGGAACAGCAGCAGCAGCAGCAGGAACUGCAGCAACUGCAGCAGCAGCAGCAGCAGCAGCAAGAUGAUCUUGAUGGAGACAGCAGAUCCCUGGAGGAGGAGGUCAACGCGAAGCUAGCUGCUGGCUGGUUGCUGCGACUGAACGAGACCUACUGCAGCAGCAACAGCACCAGCAGCAGCAACAGCACCAGCGGCAGCAGCAGCAGCAGCAGCAAGUGGCAGUUCCUUCGCUGCUGCCCUCCCUUAUCCCUGCGUGCUAUAUCAAGACUUAAAGAGACAAAGAAGGAGACACAAACAAACGAAGAAAACACCGAUUUACCGCAAACUGCAGCAGACAGAAAACUGCUGCUGGAGGCGGCACUCGUCCGGAUCCUAAAACGUGAGGGUUCGGCGGAGGAAGCCGCACUUGCUGCAGCAGUUAUCGGUCCAGGGAGGGCAGCAGCAGCGGAGCAGCAGCUGCAGCAAGCGAUUGCGUCUCUAAUAGACAGGGAAUUCAUUAGGAGAGACAGCAGCAACCCGUAA